AUGGCACCGCUACCAAGGGAAAGAGUACAAUGUUCACGUCCCUUCACGUACACGGGCGUGGAUUUUGCAGGACCGUUAAUCAUCCGAAGCGGAAUCAGGGGUCGAUCAGGAACAAAGGCGUGGGUAUCAAUAUUCGUGUGUUUUUCUACAAGAGCGGUUCAUAUAGAAGUAGUCGAGGACUUAACGAGCAAGGCUUUUAUAGCGGCCUUAAGACGAUUUGUUGCUAGACGAGGCAAACCCGCAGAACUGUGGAGCGAUAACGGAACAAACUUCGUUAGAGCGAACAAGGAGUUGACCAAAUAUACUCAACAUCUUGGCAGCCAGCUAGCAAAUGAAGGGAUCACCUGGCGUUUCAAUCCCCCAUCAGCCCCUCAUUUUGGAGGGCUGUGGGAAGCAGCAGUUAAGAGCGCCAAACACCACUUGGCUAGGACUACUGGAAAGGCAAAGCUAACUCUAAGUGAGCUCAGUACACUGCUAUGUCAAAUUGAAGCCUGCCUCAAUUCCCGACCAUUGAUACCUAUGAGCAGCGAUCCUAACGACUUCACCUCACUUACCCCAGCGCACUUCUUACUCGGUGCACCUGUAACGUCGUUCCCAGAACCUGAUUUAAAUGGCGAAGAACCACAUGCAAUGCGACGUUGGAAAUUUGUACAACAUCUUCUUCAAACUUUCUGGAAGCGAUGGCACAUGGAGUACCUACCCCAACUACAGGUCCGUGGAAAGUGGACAUCAGGAAGCUCCAACCUAGCCAUAGACGAUUUAGUAAUUGUCAAGGAAGACAACCUACCGCCCUUUAAGUGGCACUUAGCACGCGUUAUAGAACUACAUCUAGGUUGUGACGGUAACGUAAGGGUUGUGUCCAUACGUAACUCUUCCGGUAAAACAAUGCGCCGUCCAGUCGCAAAACUUUGCAAGCUCCCAAUCGAUUCAGAGGAGUCUGUUGAAAAAUAG